ACAAUGUCAAAGGUUAUUGCAGUCGCUGGCGGCACUGGCAGCUUUGGACGUACUCUUGUCGAUGAGCUGAAGAAGUCGCCUUACAGUGUCAUUGUCCUGGCUCGCAAAGUGAGCUAUAACUUCAUACAAGCAACACAGGCCCCCCAAGAGCAAGAUGAGAAAGCACCAGUCAUUGCAGUAGAUUACAGCAACGUGGCAGAGACUGCACAGAAACUUGCCAGCAACAAUGUGGAAGUCAUCAUCUCUACCAUUUCCGUGAUGGACGCAGCUUCUAGCGCUGCUCAAGUCAACCUUGUCAAGGCAGCAAGCCAGUCUGGCAUAGUCAAACGUUUCAUCGCAAGCGAAUGGGGCGCCCCUCACACUCCGGUUUCCCCAGUGUACCGAGCCCGUGAAGAUGCAAUCAUUGAGCUUCGCAAGACCAACUUGGAAUGGACCCGAGUUGCCAACGGCUACUUCAUGGACUACUACGGGUAUCCCCACGUCAAGACGUAUCUGCAGCCGCUCUUCUUUGUUGUUGACGUGCCAAACAAAGCGGCUGGCAUACCUGGCACGGGUGACGAGGUCCUGGCCUUUACGUACACGCAAGAUGUGGCCAGAUUUACCGUCGCAUCUCUGAGCCUCCCCAAGUGGGAGGAAGUGACCUACAUAUACGGAGAGAAAUCCACCUUCAACAAGCUUGUGGCCCUUGCGGAGGAAGCCAGAGGUACAAAGUUCGAUGUCAAGUAUGACUCCGUCGAGAAACUCUCAAAGGGAGAGAUUACAGAACUGCCCUCGCACCACGAGGUCUACCCAGUCUUCCCUAAGCCGUUGAUGCAGGGGCUCUUUGCGCUGUUCUCGUUGUGGAUCAUCGAGGGCAGGUUGGACGUGCCCGAGAACAAGAGCCUGAACGCCAAGUUCCCCGAGAUCAAGACAACCAAAUUGAGCGAGAUUGUUGGAGCCUGGAAGGGACUCUAG